AUGCCUGCUAAAGACAAGAAGGAAAAGAAGAAAGAAACUUCAUCUUCUUCGACUGUUAAAAAGAAGUCAACAUCGUCUUCUUCCGAGCCAGCAAAAAAGAAGAAAAAGACAACAGAUAAAGAUCCAACUUUUGUGGCGAUCGCAAAACAAUUCAACAAGGCUCAAAAAUCACAUGCUUCACAUGAUAAAUGUAUAGAAGUUCUGGCGAAAUUACAUGAAGAAAACUAUUCGGCAUUUCUCCAAAAGUUUUUUGAAGUAUUACAUCCUGUAUUAUUAGUUUCUAAAAACGAGAAGCCUGUUGAACUGAUAAUUAAAUUUAUCGGAAAGUUUUGUGAAUAUACUAACAAGAAACUUCGUGAUUCAACAGAAAAUUUUGAUGUUGAUCUCAUGUACAGUUUAUUGGGUUACGCCAAUGCAACAGAUAAAACUAUUAGAAUGAGAACUGCCCAAAUAAUUGCCGAAAUUAUGGACAAGAUCACACCAGAGGAUGAUGUUGAUGUUGACUUUAUUAAUGAACUCAAGGAAAAAUAUGUGGGUAGAUUACGUGAUAAGGUUCCUGGCAUUAGACUUUUGGCAAUACUUGUAUUAUACAAGUUUCAAGAACCAAUUACGGAGCCUGAAAUAACAAAUGAGUUUAUCAGAUUGAUGAAAACAGACACUAACAAAGAUGUAAGAAAGGAGGCUGUAAAAAGAAUCUAUCUUUUGAAACAAACUCUUUCUUCAGUUUUAGAAAAAAUUAAGGAUGUAAAAGAGGAUGUUAGAGCUGCUGCGUAUGAGAAGAUUUUCUCUGCAGUCAAGAUUAAGAACUUUAGUAUUCAACAAAGAGAAAGUAUUAUUUCUUUUGGUUUGAAGGAAAGAAAUACUUCUGUAAGAGAACAAGUUGAAAAGUUUUUAAUUGAGAAAUGGUUUCAAGAAAAUGACAACAAUAUUGAAAAGUUUUUAAAUUUACUCGAUGUUACGGAAUAUGAGGAGACUUGUGAAAAGAUAAUCAAACUUAUAUUAACAAAAAAAGACAAAUCAGACAAAUUGGUUUUAAAUGGAGACCAUGUAGACAGUACAAAGUUAACACCUGAGAUGGCUUUAUUUUGGAGAUGUAAAUGUGAAUAUUUAAUUAAUCAAAAACAAUCCAUUGAAGAGAUCUUACCAAGCUCAAUAACUGAUUUUGUGCAUCUGAUUAUUAAUUAUAUUAAGAGUAGUGAGGAUUUCAUUGUGAAACAAUUGUUAAUGCUUUCUAAAUAUCUAGAUUAUAGUGAUGAGGUUGGACGAACCAACAUUCAUUCACUUUUGAGCGAGCUUUUAUCUGUAUUCCAAGCACCUGAGACUCAUGUAAAGGAAAUCAUUGAAGCACUCAAGAGUAUUCUCCCUAAUCAAGAAGAUUUCCAAACAACUGUACUUACAAAGAUUGACUUGGUUAGAACUGUUGCUUCUGGUAUUUCGUCUGAACAAAGCAGAGAGGAGAGGCAAAGAAGAGAAAUUGAAAAGAAGGAAAAAAUUCGAUCCCUAGAGGAAAGAAAACAAGAAAUUUUCUCAAAAAUAACAAUAUUGACUAAAGAAAAGGAUCAACUUGCUAAAAAAGAGGAAUACUUGGAGGCAAAAAAGAAAAGAGAUGAAAUACAAGAACUUAAAUCUGAACAAGAAAAAUUACAAGAUGAAUUAUGUAUUCUAAAAGAAGAAGACCUUCCUAAUGAUAUUGAAGAGAUAUGUAUGUGGCUUAGAGCUCUUCAUAUAACCUCUCAGUUCAUACUGCAAUCUGACUAUCCAAUUGAUAUAUCCCAAUUUAUUUAUUUGCUUGACGAUCUUGUGUUACAAACCCUUUCUCAUACAUAUCCAUAUCUACGAAUGAUGUCCAUAACAGUAUUGGGACAAUUCUGUGCAUUAGGAAUUGAUAUUGCAAAAGAACAUAUAGACAAAUUAUUUAACAUGCUUUCAGUUGAAACUGAUACCUCAUGCAUCAAUGCUAUUUUAGAGGCCAUUUUUGAUAUACUUCUCAUUCACUCAGCACCAAAAAUUUUCAGCAAAACAGAGAUGAAAGGAAAGAUGGAUAAGGUAAAGAAUAUUUUCUCGAAUGUCGAAAGACAAAUUAGAGCUACUACUGUGGAAGGCUUUGCCAAACUUCUUCUUUCUAGUAAGUUAGACGAAGAGUACUCAAAGGAAGUUCUAUCUGAUAUGAUUCUCCUCCUAUUCAGUAAUGUAACAUCAAAAGAUAAUAGAUUAAGACAAUGUCUUACUGUUUUCCUCCCUGCCUAUUCCUAUAGCCUUGCCAAGAAUAUGAAAUUGGUCGGAUCAAUAGUUAUGGAUUCCUUGAGAAGAGUUGUUCACUCUAAGAAGAAUUCAUAUCUAAGCCAGGUUAAUGUUGCCCAGCUGUUAUCUUAUCUUGCUGAACUCACUAACCCAGACAAGUUGAUAGAAAGUCAGCAAUUAAUCACCAAACCAGACACACUACUUUUACAUGAAAAUUUAGCACUUAACAUACUUUUUGAAAUUCUUAUCAAUCCACAAGCAAAGGAGAGCGAAUACUAUUGUAAACAACUUUCUUCGCUCAAAAUCUUUGACUCUAACAAGAGACAUUUAAGAAAGAUUAAACUCCUUCUUGAGAAAGCAAUCAAAAAGAUCGACCACAAACCAUCCAUCAAGAAUUUAGAGAAAUUCCUUGCAAUUAUAGAACAAACAGAAAAGAAUGAUGAAAAUCCAGAAGUAAUUGAUGAUGAGGCAAUAGAGGAGGAAAUCAAUAAUCAACUUGCUGAGAAGGAAGUUGAUUUAGAACUCUUCUUAGAUGAAUUGGAUGAAAAAGAAAUUCAAGAAUCAACAACACCAGAAGGUACUAAGAGGUUUGAAAGAACCAAAAAUACUAACCCUUCAGAGCUCAAGGUAAAUUUGAUCGAAAUUGGAGAAGAGAAAUCUCUAUUUUCAACACCAAAAAAGAAAAGCAACACAAGUAAUAUUGAUCCUAGCUCAUCCAUGAUGAUUGACGCAUCUCCAAUUCCAACAAUGCAAGAUCCACCAACACCAUUAAGUCCACUUAUUCCUGACAUUGAUGAAGUAGAUGUUAGAAAAUCAAAUGCUAAGAAAAAGUCAGUUUCUGGAUCUUCUUCAGCCCACCAAUACGAAAGUGAGGGUACAGAUGAUGAAGAACUUGGAUUGCUGUCAAGCUCUGAUGAUGAAGAAUCAGAAAAGCCACUAGUCAAGGAAAAGCCAAAGAAGAAGAUUUCAUUUGCCUCACCAGAAUCUUCACCUAAGAAGUCAACCACAACUACAUCAAAGGUUCCCCAAAGAAAAUCCUCUGUUAAAGAUUUGAAAGAUGAAAUAUCGAAACUUUUGGAAUUGUCGGACGAUGAUAUCAUGUAA